AUGAUUAAAUCCAUGGAAAGUCUUUCGACCAACUUUGCUAUAUUAAAGGCCACCUUACAGAGUCCUACUUUCGAUAAGUUAAUGGCCAAAACUGUGGAGUCUAAGGUUUUGGACUGCGAAGACAGUAUCACAGAAUUGCAGGAUGAAUUAAAGAAGGUCAUGAUUUGCAAACCUUCAGUGGUAGAGAGAAAUAAUUUGGUGGCAACGAACAGCCAUGAUAACAAUGGAUUUAGGGACAGGAUGACAGAACAAGGAAGAAGAAUUCUCUAUCCAUUCAGGAAGAGUACAUUAAUGAGAUUACAAGAGAACAUCGAACACAUGAGGAGUAAUCUGGUCUUUGCUAUGGAUAUUUUAAAUUUGUCCACGGCCUCGACCACGGCGGGGAGAGUUGCUGAUAUUUCGAAACAAGUCACAAUGAUUAGUAGCGGGUUAGAUGCUAUCAUCACUCAACAAAUGGAUAAAGAAAGUAUCCAAGUCCUGAAUUGGCUGUCUACAAUUGACUGUCACUCCAAGCAACGCGAAAUACUCAGUCGAAGACACCAAGGUACCGGCGAGUGGCUCUUUGAAAGCCAGAAAUAUCAAAAUUGGCUAGAUGGAAAGGAUAGAUUACUGUGGUGCUCAGGUUCACCUGGAGCGGGCAAAACAGUCCUUGCUUCCGCCAUUGUCGACAAUUUGGAAACAAAGUUUUCAUCCUCGAAUGUGGGCGUGGCAUUCAUCUAUUGUAACUACGCAGAGAAAACAACGAUUGCCGAAUAUCUCGCGAGCAUUGUACAGCAGCUUGUCCGACAAGGAUACGUAAUUCCGGAUUAUGUUCUUGACUUAUAUCGCAAACAUAGGUCUAAUGGAACAAACCUGACGAGCGCCGAGGCUGUACACCUACUUCAUUUAUUAACGUCUGAGUUCCCCCGCUUGUAUAUAGUCGUCGAUGCCUUGGACGAAUGUGAUGAAACCAAGAAAACAAGGUCAAACCUCAUUCGUGAAUUACGGAAUCUGCCUUCAAAUACAAACCUCCUCCUUACGUCACGUCGUCUAGGGGAUAUUGAAGAUAAGUUGUCUGAUUGUCCACAUCUCGAAAUUCGAGCUAGCGACCAUGAUGUGCGAGCUUAUCUGGAAGCUCGUAUAGAUACCGAGGAGAAUAUCCUCAAAUUUUGCAAGAAGGAUCCGGCCCUACGGGAGACAAUUGUAGGAAAAAUCGCGGAGAAGGCUCAUGGAAUGUUCGUUGAGUUCCUUCUUGCCCAUUUACACAUAGAAGCUAUUGCUUCAGAACUUAAAAUCAGCCGUAUUAAAAAAGCAUUGACUAGCCUGCCAAAUAUCCUAGACAGCUCCUAUGAUGAUGCCAUGAAGAGAAUCAUGGAAGGACAAGACAAGAAUCGUAAAAACUUGGCUAUGAAUAUUUUAAUGUGGCUGUCUUGUGCAAAGAGAAUCUUGACAGUUCGCGAGCUCCAGCAUGCCAUCGCUAUCAUGGAACUCGAUCCUGAUGAGGACGAAUUAGAUGAAGAGGAUUUUUACGAACAAGACUUGCUCUUAACAGUCUGUGCCGGUCUAGUGGUAGUCGACCCAGAGAGUGGUAUUAUCCGUCUGUGUCACUAUACUCUUCAAGAAUACUUGGAGCGCCAUCGCUCAAAGUUCUUUGCCGAUGCUGAUAUCUUGAUCACUCGGGCUUGCAUUAGGUAUUCGUCUUUGGACGAUUUCAAGGAACCAGAAAAUCCGGAUCGCGAGGUCAUCAAAACUCUGCUUAGACAGUACGGUCUGUUGUCGUAUUCAGGGGCAGACAUUGAGGCAACCUGUUCUAAGGAUUUCACGCCUCUGUUUAUGGCAGCAGAAAUGGGCCAUUUGUCUGUAGCUUCAGGUGUCGUCGCCUCCAAGCCAGACUUUUUGGCUAAAGAUUAUCGCGGAGAUAAUUCACUUCACAAGGCUUCAUUGGGAGGUUAUACUGAAAUUGUGAAACAGCUUGUUUCUGCCAAGCCCUCUUUGAUUGAAGUUCCACUUGAAGAGAAUUUCAAUAAAACGGCACUCAUCAUAGCCAUCAGUCGCGACCAUGAAGAAAUGAUCAGAGCUAUGAUAAAGAUUGGAGCCCGUAUGUCGAUGCGCGGGUUUCGCGAAAAUACUGCCCUAUUCAUGGCAAGCACAUCUGGAAACACUGAAGAUGUAAAAACCUUGCUAGCACCAGGAGCGAAAGUCCAUACUACUACGAAUGCUCACUCGGGUACGGCACCACUUCAUGUCGCCAGCUCAAUCCGCAAGAUAAUGCCAUCAUUGCCGAGGAACUUAUUCGUCAUAGUACGGAUGUUAGUAGUUAUCAUCUAUUCCAUCCUACAUCCUUCUGGUAUGAAAGUUGUGAUGAAGGCUGGGGCUAACAUCCAAGCCAAAGGCAAGUAG